AUGGAUCCGCCAAUAAUUUGCGUCGAAGAUCACACUACGACACCUACUCUAACUCUACGGUACGUCUGCGGCACAAACGAUCUGGACCUAAAGGCCAUCUGCGCAGACAUCUACCGCCUUGGCGAGCAUCCAGGCCAGGCCCGCCUUAAUCCAAACUCCAUCGGAUGCGAACUCGUUCCAUGCAGGCGUUCCUUUCUUGAUGUGUUCUGGUCAGCCGCGGCCUCUCUCCUCGACUACUUCGCCGACUUCUUUGCAGCCGAUAGCGCGCUCAUGCAGAGCAUAUGGUUCCAGCUCCUCGACACAUGGCAAAGCGCAUGUCCUCUGCGCCUGUAUCAAGAGGUUACCACGCACCGACACACAGCUGGUCCCGCUGAUGUGGCCGCCGCCCGUUCAUUUCUGCAAGAUUACAAAAACACCAUCAAGCUCAUGCACACCGUCAUGUCGACAAAGACGGGCGCGCGCCCCGACGAUCACGGGGUAUCCACGAUCCACUGUCCCAGCGGAGCCGUCGACGGUCUCGCAGCCAGGUAUAACACCGGGCCCUACGUGUCCGGCCUCAAGCCGUGGCAGCAAUUCCUCUGCAACGGCGGGCCAGGCUUCCAGCCCUCGACCACAGCAGACAGUAACAACAAGAACGAUAUCCACAGCGUCGAAACAGAAAAAGGCACCACAACCCACUACGUUCCCCAACCGGCCAUCGGCCUCAUCCAAGCGCACACAGCCCGCGCCCGCCAUCUCGCUAGUAAGCUCGCUGCCGCCGCCGCCGCCGCCGCCGUCAAGGAGGAAGCCAAGGAGGAAGCCAAGGGAGAAGCCAAGGGAGAAGCCAUGGACACGGCGCAGCUGCUCGCGCACUUUGACGCCACGGCUCUACGGUUCCCGAGCAGCACCAGCGGCUCUUAUACGCAAGGCUCUCUCCUCCAAGGCGGGACGAGGGUGGGGUACCAGCUGCAGCGCGGGGCGCCACCGGUGCAGCGGCACGAGGGCGUGGGAGACGCGAGCAUGCUGGUGGCACGGCCGGAUGUCGUGCUCCUGGAUGAGGCGGUGGGGUCGUGCAGGGGCCGGGACGCCUAUGUGCCUAUGACGGGACCCAUUGGGGUGGCCGGGGUGGGGUUCGACGUGUGGUGCGUGACGGAGGGCAGGAGUGUGAUGGGGUGGAUGGGGGGUGGUCAGGAUGGCGAGGGGAGUGUGUUGGUAGGUGGGGUGGGGGAGUUGUUUGAUGACUGGCAUUUCGAGGAGGAAGACACGUCUUGA